GUUAUCCGAUAAAAAAAUAAUUAUUUCGGAUUAUUUAUUAGAAAAUCAGUAAACGAUAGACUAUUUUUUAUUCUUACGCAUGUGAUUAUUACUAAAUUCCUUUUACUUAAGAAUCAAUUUUAUACGUCAAGAAAUAUUCAGUUGCAUUCGAAUCAAUAUAAUAACUGAACGAUAGUCUUCACAUUCUAUCGUUCUACUGUACCAAUUAAAUAUUAUUGGUAAAACGAAGAGUUUCUUGAUAUUAUGUUAAAACAAAUAAUAUCCGAAAAAGCUAUCCACAUUACUUGGCUUAGCGUAGCUAUAACUUUUUGUUGGCCAAUUUCCCUCAAUAGUAGUAAAACUCAAGUGUUUAUUUUCAAAGUUUUACAGAUAAUUAGUGUUAUUAAUGUUUCUAUGUUGCUUCUACCAUUGUUAUAUUCGAUUUAUCUGCAUUUCGAUGAUAUUAUCAUUGUCUCUAAAUCUAUUGCUUUAUCAGUAGGCUUGAUUCAAGUAAUCGCGCAGACUGUUAUAUGCUUCGUCAAAUACGAUUCUCUGCAACAUGUAGUCGAAGAAAUGAUAAUUUAUGUCAAAGAAGCACAACAAUACGAGAAGAAAAUUUUUUACAAAUAUAUAGAGAAAUGCCACACAUUUUAUGGAUGUUCUAUAGCAUGUAUGUAUUUGACUGCAAUCGCUUUCGUAAUAGGACCUGUAUUCUCGCCAGCCUCUUUCCCAGCAGAUGCAGAAUAUCCGUUUCAAAUUAAGAAUAUACCAAUGAAGAUUAUCAUAUAUUUGCAACAGAGUUUAAUUGCCUUUCAAUGCGCUGGACAUGCAUGCUUGAGCAUAUUUGGCGCGCUUUUGCUCUGGUUCGCUUCCGCGAGAUUUGAAUGUCUGGCUGUGGAAUUGCAAAAAACCACAGAUAUUGGUAUGCUGAUUGUUUGCGUUAAGAAACAAUUACAUAUAAGGAGAUACGCAAGAAGAGUGGUAAUUAGUUUUCGCUUUAUAAUACUUUGUGCUAUGGGAGUAAGUAUAUUUUCUUUGACUCUAGGUGGUAUUAUAAUAAUAACAAAGGCACCAUUUAUUGUGAAAAUACAAUUCAUAACUUUGAUUUUGACUUUACUUACUGAAAUUUAUAUGUAUGCCUGGCCUGCUGAUCAUAUGAAGGAUAUGAGUAUAAAUGUUUCAAAAAGUGUAUAUAAUAUAACAUGGUAUGAACAGACAUUGAGAAUGCAAAAAAAUUUGUUAAACGUAUUGAUAUAUCAGCAGCCGAUAAUUCUUUCUAUUAAUUGUAUAUUGCCAGAGCUUUCAUUACGUUAUUAUUGCUCGUACCUAUCCAACGCUUUCUCUAUCUUCACAGCUAUACGUGUUAUCAUAGAAAAUAAUCCAUCAUAAAUUUAAUUUUUUUAUUAAGUAAUUGUUAAAAUAUUUCAAUGAAGUAACGAUUAAAUUGUUAUUAUUUAAUAAAUAAAUUACUAAUAUUUCCUUGGCUAUAAAAUUAAUAAUUUAUAUAUAUAAUAUAAUACAUCAAUCUCUUUUAUUCAUUAUCAUUAUCAUUAUAUAAAUAAAAAAAAUAAAUAAUCAAAUAAAAAGUUACGAAAUACAUAAGUAUAGACGAAAUUCAUUGCAAUAGCAAUUAUUUCUUGUAAAAUUAUUUGGAAAAUUACGGAUAACUGAAGAUUAUAUGUACAGAAAAAAAAUUGUUCAAAAGGAUUAUUACACAUCGAUAAGUUGAUCAAAUUUUAAUUUUUCACAAAUAUUUUUAAUCUAAUUACCUAAUUGCACUUCACUGGAAGUAUCAGGAACUAAAAAUUCGAUUCAUUUUUUGUUAAUUUGGAAAAAAAACUAAGGUCAGUUUGUUCUAUUAAUAUGAUUAUUACACUAACAUUUCAGAUCUGAUCAGAAAAUGCAUAUUGGAAUAUAAGUUAUUUCAAUAAUCAAUAAAUAAUAUAAUUUUUCAUACUUUCUCCAAGCAAUUAAAAAAAUGCAAUUAAUUAUUCUGAUUCUGUGCACUAUUAUUUUUCAUAGAAUCUAAUCUUCUAUUAUUUCUUUUAUUUUAAUCUUAUAUUAUUUCGAUACUGAGUCUUCAAUCAACCGAAUCAACAAUUUCUGACGAAAUAUUUUAUUAUUUUAAAAUUUUACGAUUAUUUUUUUUCUCUUGCAUUUCUAUUACAUUUUUCUUAUUAAAAGAUCUUAGUCCACAAAAGAUAUUGAUGCAACUAAAAAAAAAACGAGAAAAAGCCAAGUUAAAAGGAAAUAAUCCAAAUUCCUAUGCAUGUGCUAAGGUAUUUAUAAUUAUUUAAACUAAAAAAUAUAUUCUUCUAUUCUAGUAUUUAUUUUGAAUUGAAUUGAAUUGAUUGUUUCAUUUAUUUCAUAUUAUUAUUUUUUUAUAUUAUUGUAUUUCUUAUAAUUACACAUUUAUAAUAGCUAUUUUUCAAUAUAAAAAAAUUAAUGAUGCUUAUAUAGAUUGCACUAUUCUUUUUACAAUGUUAAUGAUAAUAGUUUAAAAAAAAUAUAUAUUGAUACAAUCACACAUAUUUAAAUUAAUAUUUACUUUCCUAUAUGUGUAUAUAUAUAAUAUAUAGUAAUAUUAAAAUUAAUAAUAUAUAAUAAGUAAUAAUAUUAAAAUUAUAUUAUUUUAAUUGUUAACAUGUAAUGUAAUUCACUAUAUAUAAUGUAACAUUUCAACACAUAUAUAUCAUAAAAUAUAUAUAUAAAUUAAUAUGAUUAUUCUAUUCAGAAAUAUUUGCACUACGACAUAAAUUUUUUUAGUCUCUUUUCAUGAAGUGGCCAAAUACUAUUGAAUAUAAUAUCUUUUUAUUAUAACUUACUUUAUUAAAUAUUCUAUAUAAAACGAACAUAUUCUAUUAAAUACUACUGUAAAAUUCUGAAUCUGCUUGCGUGAUAACUUUUUUUUGCACCUGUCUAAAAUCGCGCAGAUGUAUAAUGCAACCGAUAAUUACCUACUAUUAUCCAGUGAGCUAGCAGCGCAAGUGUACUUUCCAGGGAAACAUUAACCAACAUUACAUUUGUUCUAAAUUGUUACAUUGCUAUAAUUUAUUAAAUUCCUCUUAUUUACGAAGCAACUUUAUAUAGGCAACUUAAAUAUUUAUUCGUUUUCGAAAUGACGUAAUUAUGCAAAGAACAACUUGUAUGUUUCAUUUUAUCGCAUCGGUUAAAUUUUAUUUCGUUCGAUCCAUCAACCGAUUUGUAGUAUUUUCUCAAAUGGUAAAAGAAAUGACACCCGAGAAAGCUAUUCACAUUACUUGGCUGAGCGUAAUCUUAACCUUGGCCGCUUUCUGUCAAUAGUGGCAAAACUCAAGUGUUCGUUUUCAGAAUAUUACAGAUAAUUAGUAUUGCCAGCGCUUGCAUGCUGUUCCUUCCUUUAUCAUAUUCGAUUUAUCUCCACAUGAAUGAUGUCGUCGUAUUUUUAAAAACUAUCAUCGUGUUUAUAUGUGUGGCUCAAAAUAUUAUUCAAACUGUCAUAUGCUUUGUAAAAUAUUAUCUUUUACAAGUAAGUUUCUCUCAAAUAAAUAUUUGACCGUGCAUUUAUAAAAAAAUAUGGUAUAAAAAAUUAAUAUUUGAAUUGGGGAUUGUGCAGUAUAUAAUCGAAGAGAUGAAAAUCUGCAUAAAAGAAGCGCAAGAAUAUGAAAUAAAAAUUUUCCAGAAAUAUAUUGCGAAACUUAAAACUGUUUGGGGAUGUAGCAUAAUAUGUAUGUAUUUUUACAUUUGACCGCUUUGGCAUUUAUGAUUGAACCUGUAUUCAUGUCAACUUCUCUUCCAUGCGAUGCAGAAUAUCCGUUUCAAUUUAAUUACACACCCGCGUUUGCCAUCAUAUAUUUCCAUCAAUCUUUUUUUAGCUAUCAAUAUC